AUGACUGACACCGAAGUUGCCGCUUCUCCAGCUCCAGUUGAAAAGGAAGUCGUUGCUAAAACUGACUCUCCAAAGAAGACCAAGGAAACCAAAGCCAAGAAACCAGCCACCAAGCCAACUCAUCCCAGUGCCGGUGACAUGGUUACUGCUGCCGUCACAGCUCUUGCUGAAAAAAAUGGAUCAUCACUUCAGGCUAUCAAGAAGUACAUCGCUGCUAACUACAAGGUUGAGAUCGAAAAGCAGUCGAUGUUCAUCAAAAAGUUCCUGAAGGCAGCCGUUGAAAAAGGAACUUUAGUCCAAACAAAAGGAAAAGGAGCUUCUGGGUCAUUCAAGCUCCCAGUCUCCAAGCCUGCAGCCAAGCCCAAGGCCGCUUCAGGUGAAAAGAAAGCUGCUCCGAAGAAGGCCGCUGCUAAGAAACCGGCGACCAAGAAGACCAGUGAAGCUAAAGUGUCUGUUAAGGAAGCUACCAAGCCCAAGAAAGCUUCUGCUAAAAAACCAGCUUCUCCCAAGAAGGCUAAAGCACCAGCUAAGCCUAAAGCUGCCGCCGAACCCAAAGCCAAGAAAGCCGCUGCUCCAAAAGCCAAAAAAGCUGCGAAAGCUCCAACUGCGAAACCUAAAGCACCAAAACCGAAAAAGGCCGCAGCUCCCAAAGCGGCCAAAAGCCCAGCUAAGAAAACUUCUGCAAAGAACUAA